UCCGGUUGGUUGGCUGGUUGGUCGGCGAAUUGCACAUCUUGGGGCGACCGAUCGGCGGCCGGCGGGCGAAGCAACCAAGGCCCAAAAGGGAGGGAAAAAACCUUGGUUGUGUGUGUGCCGCCGCGAGCCCGUGACGGCGCCCUCCGGCACGCGAUAGGGAGGAUGCCGUACUGCGUGGUCAGCCACGGCGACCCAUCGGCGGCGGCGGCGGCGGCCGGCGAGGAGGGAGAUGUGCGGAUUUUCUACCAGAGAUACGGCCAUGGCGGCACCAAGGUGCUCCUCAUCAUCGGGUUCGCGGGGACGCACGAGUCGUGGGGCCCGCAGGUGAAGGGCCUGACGGGCGCCGUCGAGCCCGUCGACGAGGAGUCCCCCGCCGGCGACGAUGGCGCCGCCGGGGAGGGCGCCGAGGUCUGCUGCUUCGACAACCGCGGCAUUGGCCGGAGCUCCGUGCCGCCGCACAAAUCGCAGUACACCACGGUGAUCAUGGCGAAGGACGCGCUAGCAUUAAUGGAUCAUCUAGGGUGGCGGAAAGCACACGUUUUCGGUCACUCCAUGGGGUCCAUGAUAGCUUCCAAGUUGGCCGCCAUUGCGCCGGAGCGUGUCGCUUCGCUGGCGUUGCUCAACACCACCGGAGGUGGCUACCAAUGUAUCCCCAAGAUUGAUUGGCAGACCAUAUCCCUCGCAUGUCGUUUUCUAAGAGCAAGAACUCCAGAGCAGAGAGCUGGUGUUGAUCUUGAUGUUCAUUACACGAGGGAGUACCUCGAUGAAAUUGUUGGAUCAAAUACCAGAAGACAAAUGCUUUACCAGGAAUAUGUGAAAGGUUUGUCAUCAUGUGGAAUGCAAUCAAGACAUGGAUAUGAAGGACAACUGAAUGCAUGUUGGACGCAUAAGCUUACACAGAAAGAACUAGACCGGAUUCGUUCAUCAGGUUUUCUUAUUCUAGUUAUACACGGAAGGGAUGAUGUUGUAGCUCAGUUGUAUCAUGCAAGGAGACUAGCAGAGAAGCUCCAGCCUGCUGCUAAACUGGUUGAACUCCAUGGAGGCCACCUGGUGAGCCACGAAAGAACAGCUGAGGUUAAUAUGUCCCUCAUGGAGAUGAUAAAAGCAUCAAAAUCAAAUACAGAUCAGGGGGAAUGGUCAAACCUUCCUAAGAAGUCUGAUGAUCUACUUCUUGCUGGAUCAGAUAGUCGUCUUGCUAAACGAGAAUGCAACAUCAUCGUUAUAUACAAUCUACUUGGGAAGUUGCAACUCAUUUUGCUUUUCUUCUUUGGAGUAUUUUAUAUUAUUCUUGAGCAUGCUAGGAGGGUACUAAGAGUUUUGAAGCCUGUGAGAGUAUCAGCUACCAGCUUAUAGUCAAACAAGGGAUUUUUAUUUUCAAGGCUCUUUUCGACGUCUUCAGUUCCAUUUCUGAAUUUUGCAGCAGCACAGAGAUUCUCGGUAACUAAGAAUUUACUGCGGCAUAGAAAUUAGUCAGCGAAUAAUUGCAAUAUAAGGCCAUUCAUUCUUCGGGAAAGUGUGGAUUUGAAGAGUUCUGAUUUGUAUGGUAUUUGUUGUACAGGGUUAAAAUUACAGGUUGGUCCUUCUAGGAAUUGUUUGGUAAUUUAUCUCUCCUUUUAUUAAUGUGGGAGAGAAAAUUGCCUGCAAUCUAUUGAGGAUGUGUGUUGUCCAAAACAUAAAUGGAGCAUACAUUUUUGCAAUGAAAAAUUCCUUUUCCA